AACCCGUCUCUUGUGCCAUAUCUGGCGUUUCCCUAGCGUACCGAAUUUUUCUGUUAUUCCGCCAGCGCCUCCACCGAUUCCCCCUUCCAGAUGGGCAACAAUCCGUCCAAAGGCCCUGCCGGGGAUGCCCAAUCGCCCUCGGCUUCCUCGGGCCUCGCGGGGGACAGGAGAGUAGCUCGCCGGCCAUCCAUCAAGGCCUCCGCAGCCGACCCCUCCGCCACGAGAGAGACCGCGACUGGCCACCCGACAUCUCAAACCCAGCCAUCAGUCCAGCAGCGUCUGCAAUCCCGCAAUGUCUCGGAUGCACCGACGCGCAAUCUCGAUCGACCCGACCGUCAAAUCCCCAAGAAGCCAGAUGCCCGCUACAGAGAUAUUCCCGCACCUGAUCAGUCCAUCCCCGUUCAAGUCCCAGGGGCUCGGGCGGCUGCUAAACGUGACCCGGUGGCACCCUCUGGCCCUCCUCCCAAUGCCUAUUAUAGCGCUUCGGUCCACCUUCAGCGUCCGCCGCGGAUGCCUCUGCCGAUUGGAGAUGCUACGGCCACCCCUGGCUCGCCGAUCAUUGGCCCGGACGAUUCGUAUAUGGGAUCUGUCCCCCCCGAUCACCUACUGGAGGAGCCCAACGAUCCGAGACAUUCGAGCUUGGCGGGUGCCCCGGUUGACGACGAUGAGGCAUUGGAUGAACUCCAACCAUAUGCUCCCAGCGGUGUGGGAAGAGCGGUGCCCACCCUAAUAGAAUGGACUGCUCCUGGAGACAAGGUCUACGUUACGGGAACGUUCGUCAACUGGGAAAAGAAGUUCCGCUUACACCGGAGCGAGAAUAAUCCGGGCGUCUUGUCCACCAAGUUAAAUCUCCGCCCGGGGACGCAUCAUUUGAAGUUCAUAGUCGACGGGGAAAUGCGCGCUUCAGACAACCUUCCGACGGCAGUCGACUUCACAAACCACCUGGUCAACUACAUCGAAAUCAGUGCCGAUGACGUCAACCGAUCGCGGAGAGAAAGCGAUAGGAUCCCCGAUGGAAUUCGACCUCCGCAGGUGAUUCCUGGUCCCGUGGGAGCCGACCAGGAUGGGUCCACAGUAGAGGAGCAGUCGGACAAAGAAGAACCGGAGGAGAUCCCUCUGGGCGACUUCCGUGGUAUCAUCCCACAGUUCCUUCUGGACUUGGAUCGUGAGGAAGAGGCCCCGGAGUACCAGCAAGCUGUGAAUAUUGUUGGGGAUGCGCCUACACCGCCGAGCCUGCCGUUAUUCCUCGGGAAAUCCAUCUUGAACGGCACUACCCCCAUGAAAGAUGAUAGCAGCGUCCUGAACUACCCCAACCACACUGUCCUAAACCAUCUAGCUACCAGCAGCAUCAAAAACGGGGUGCUUGCCACUAGCGUAACGACUCGAUACAAACGCAAGUACGUGACGACGAUAUUGUAUAAGCCGACUGGAGAUAUUACGGAGUAGCCUGUGUAUAGACGAGAUGCCUUGUACAUCCCCCGUGCCUCUCAUCGAAUCAUAAGCGGGACGAGACUGCUCUGGCUGACGGAGCGGAAGCGAUUCGAUUCUUCAACGUUGCCUCCGCGCGGGAGGAUAAUCCCCUACGGUCUUGGCCGAACUAGGGAAACGCCCAUCCAGGUAACUCCUCUGGUUCGAUUUUGUUGAACUGCAGAAAUGCACAUACCCCCCGAUAUCUCCCAGUCCAAGCCACUUUGGAUGAUUUACGCCCCGAUGGUUGCUUGAUGUCCGACUACCUGCGGUACAGGAAGCGCUAUCCUUAGACCAUUGCUAGUUUUGGUGUUUGAGACAAUGCAUGACUGGCGAUGAGAAGUAUUU